ACACACACACACACACACACACAGUUCUGCUUAUUCUCCAGUGAAGAUGCUCCGCACAGUGCGAGAUCAGGUUAGGAAACAUCCCGGACUCGUCCCACAGUUUUUCUUUAUCUGUCUGGGAAUGAGUGGAGCAUUCCUGUAUUUGUUUCGUCUCGCAAGAGGACCUCAUGUCACCUGGAACAAGAGCGGUAACCCUGAACCCUGGAAUCAGCUCAGUCCAAACUACCAGUACAAGUUUGUGGCCAUUAACACAGACUACAAAAACCUGAAGAAGGAGGGACCAGACUUCUGAAUGAUUCACAGCUGUCCGCUCAACUUUCUCAUACAGAGACUGAAACUUCAUCAUGCCUCUAGAACCAUCAAGAAUAUAAAAAAUAAAAGUUUUAAAAACAAUGAGUGUAAUAAAACAACUGUAUGAUGUUAAAAUGUUUGCAAUAAUGACUCUUUAUUACUUUGUCAUUUAAGAACAAUUUCAAGAAAUAGCAUGUCUACAUAAAACAUACACUCAUAGAAGUGGUCAUUAGCAUCAGGAAAAGAGUGUUAACCCCCCCCCCCCAAUUAUGUA